GACAAUAACCCCCCCUCACAAACAGCUACAAUUAGACUGGUAAAAUAGGGCAAAAUUCGGGAGUGGAAGUGGACAUGACAAAAUACAGCCACUCCAUUCAAUAUGUGGUCUUUGGAAUUUGUUGCUGUGAUUCUUUUGCAACCACACUGUUCUUUAUGGACCACAUUAUGGAAAUGAAGAAGUAUGGAAAUGCAAAUGUGUGCUUUCUCUGUGGGGGGUUGUUGGUCUUCUGCCAUAUGCUGUUUUAAAAUCCACAUUUUAACACCAGUUCUCUGCCAAACAGAGUUGCAUGAAAGACAUCAGUUGUAACAAAGAAAAUUCCAAAUCACAAUGCAGAAAAAAGGAGAAAAAAUAUAAGUAGAACUAAGAGUGAUUCAUUUUCAUUCUUUUUUAAUGUAAACAUCCUAAGCAGAAUUGUUAAACAUCCUGUUUAGAACCCUUUCUUUGUAGGUCUAAAGCAAGAGUAAACAUCUGAAACCCUUUUACCCAGUAAACUACAAAAUGAAGCAAAAAUCAAGAUGGAGGAGCAGAAGUCAAAACACUCUAAUCAGAACCGUUUGUCCCGACAGUUGUUCUUCUCAGGUGACUGUCUUAUUAGGUCCAAUCCAAACAUUGUCAUUGAUGUCAGUGAUGUAUUUAAAAUGUUCCUUUUACUGUGCUGGGGGAUUUUGAGAGAGAAAAAACAGAUGCACACUUACUGCAAAUAUUAGUCAUUGUGUUCUUGUAGUACAUGAAGUUCUUGUUGAUUUUCAUUGCAUAAUUUUAUGAAUUGCGGAGGACUGACUGAGUGUGAGAGCAUUACUCAUGCAACCGGGGAAUUUUAUUGUUGGAAAUGUUUGAAUCACAUAAUCAUUUUCAUUUUCAGAAAAGUUCAUUCUUGUGGCUGCAUUGGUUUGAUCCUGCCAGUCUGGAUUAUAACCUCAUAAGGUUAGAGGUUCGAACGACAGAACUCAGUUUAUCCAUUUACAUGGAAAAGGCAUGUUUGGAUAAAACUGGCCUUCAAUCUGUUUGCCUGCUCUUCCAGGUCCUCUGAAAAUCAGAUAGCCUUAUUCUGGGAAAGACAGUCAACAUGAAAAAUAUACAUCAAGAUGUUAUAGUAAGCUAUCAUGCUUUUAGUUUAAUGGAAAAUUAAAAAUAAGUGUUGAACUCCUUAAGAAAACGAAACGUACUUCAGAAUACAUUUUUGCUUAAUGUGUUGUAAACUAUAUUGACUUUUGGGGUUAAAGAUUUCAGUACUGACUGAUAGAUUAAAAAUAUAAAGUCUUUAUAAUACUGUACUAGAACUCAUUUAAAAUACUUCACCUUUUCUGUGUGCAUUGGUCGCUUUCGUGGAAAUGACAUAGAAUGGACUUAGUGGACUGCACAAAAGUUCCAGGACUUUUGACUCAUCAAAUACAAAAUAACGAAAUGAAGUCAAUGUUUCUGCUGCCGUCCUCCUUGUUGAAACAUUAAUGACCUUUGAACGAUGUGUCGUGAUGAAGUGGGCCUCAGUCUACAGUGGCCAGCAGCCAUUCUGAGACUUUGGCAGACUUUUCUGGUUGAGUGCCGCCAUAACUAACUGUAGUCUGAGUUUCAGAUAACUUACCACUUUGAACUUUUCAUUGCUUUUAAAUACCCAGUGAGGAGCAGGAGUUCACUCAGUGAGGUUGGGCAGACAGCAACAUGGCAGUCUCCACUCAGCUGGGUUUACUGCUAUGGAAAAACUUCACCUACCGACGGCGUCAGACAAUCCAACUGCUGAUUGAGAUUAUCUGGCCGCUGUUUAUUUUCUUCAUCCUGAUCUCGGUCCGAAUGCACUAUCCGCCCUACGAGCAACAUGAAUGCCAUUUCCCCAACAAGGCCAUGCCCUCUGCUGGCACACUGCCGUGGGUUCAAGGAAUCAUCUGCAACGCCAACAACCCCUGUUUCCGCAAUCCUACUCCAGGAGAGAGUCCUGCAGUGGUGGGAAACUUCAACGACUCCAUAAUCUCCCGCCUGUUUAUUGAUGCCAAAAAGGUCUUGCUCUUCUCUCAGAAUGAUAAGAGCUAUGAAGGCUACAAGGGUCUGCUGAGGGCCCUCAGGAAGCUGCAGAAGAACACUGCACGUUUCAAGUUAAAGGACUUUUUGCGAGACAACGAGACGCUUUCCCACUUCCUGCACCACAAUGCCUCGCUACCUCACCAUGCAUUGAAGCAGAUCGUUGAUGCUGAUGUCAACCUUGAAAAGGUCCUGACAAAAGGUUUUGGCUUUCAUCUGAGAGACCUGUGUAACAGCACCCCUCUGGAAGAGUUUGUACACAUUGCGGACCACAACGUGUCCCUGAUGACGCAAGAAAUUAUCUGCAAGUCCUCCAGCGACUGGUUAGAUAGCGCUCAAAGCCACUUCCUGUCUAAUCUGGACUUUCUGAAACCUAUUCGGAAGGACGUCAGGUCAGAUCCUAAAGUGGUUCAGGAAGUCUCAGCUGCCACUGACAUUCUUCUGGAGAGCCUCGGUGCACUUGCUGUGGAGUUUGCAGGAAUGAACAGCUGGAGAGAUAUGAGAAAUGAGAUCCUGUAUCUGACUGCAAAUGCCACGGGCUCUCCAAAACAGAUGUACCAGGCCGUGUCACGUAUAGUCUGUGGACACCCCGAGGGAGGUGGCCUCAAAAUUAAGUCUCUAAACUGGUAUGAAGACAACAACUACAAAGCCCUGUUUGGAACCCAUGGCAAUGACAGCGACACUGAACCCCUCUCUGCCUACGACAACACUUCCACUCCCUUCUGUAACAACAUGAUGCGUAACCUGGAGUCCAGCCCCAUAUCCAGGAUGAUCUGGAGAGCUUUGAAGCCACUGCUCCUGGGGAAGAUCCUGUACACGCCAGACACCCCAGCCACCCAGAGGAUCAUCCAUGAAGUUAACAAGACCUUCCAGGAAUUUGGUGUGCUGAGAGAUUUAGGCAAAGUGUGGGAGGAGAUCAGACCCAAAAUCUGGAGCUUUAUGGAAAAUAGUGAAGAAAUGGACUUGGUUAGGACCCUGCUACAGAACAAUGCAAGUGCUGCAUUCCUCAAUGCCCAGCUCAGUGGAACUGAGUGGCGUGUGUCAGACGUGUUUGACUUCCUGUCAAAGGCGUCUGAGGACCAGCGGCCUGCAGGAUCAGCUUACACCUGGAGAGAGGUUUUCAACGAAACGGACCAGGCUGUACAAACCAUAUCACGCUUUAUGGAGUGUGUGAACCUGGACAAGCUGGAGCCUGUAGCUAAUGAGGAGAGACUGGUCAACAAGUCCAUGGGUCUCUUGCACAACCAGAAAUUCUGGGCCGGAAUUGUGUUUCCUGACGUCGACGGGGCCAACAGCACCGACCUGCCUCCCAACAUCAACUACAAGAUCCGCAUGGACAUCGAUAAUGUGGAGAGGACAAAUAAGAUUAAAGACGGGUACUGGGAUCCUGGUCCCAGAGCAGACCCUUUUGAAGAUCUUCGGUACAUUUGGGGAGGAUUCUCUUACCUGCAGGACGUCAUUGAGCAAGGCAUCAUCAGAGCUGUCACUGGCACCAAGGAGAGGACCGGCGUCUACAUUCAGCAGAUGCCCUACCCCUGUUAUGUUGAUGACAUGUUCCUUCGGGUUAUGAGUCGAUCCAUGCCUCUCUUCAUGACGCUGGCAUGGAUGUACUCUGUGGCCAUCAUCAUCAAAGGCGUUGUGUACGAGAAAGAAGCCAGGCUGAAGGAGACGAUGAGAAUCAUGGGACUGAACAACGGCAUCCUGUGGCUCAGCUGGUUCAUCAGCAGUCUAAUCCCUCUGCUGACCAGCGCGGGCUUGUUGGUGAUGCUUCUAAAGAUGGGAAACCUGCUGCCCUACAGUGACUCUGGCGUGGUGUUUCUCUUCCUGGGAUCAUUCGGUGUGGUUACCAUCAUGCAGUGUUUCCUCAUUAGCACCCUGUUCUCUCGCGCUAACCUGGCAGCUGCCUGUGGGGGCAUAUUUUACUUCACUCUAUACCUGCCCUACGUGCUGUGUGUGGCCUGGCAAGACUACAUCGGCUUUGGAGCCAAAAUCGUUGUGAGCCUGCUCUCACCUGUGGCUUUUGGGUUUGGAUGUGAAUACUUAUCAUUGUUUGAGGAACAAGGUGUGGGGAUCCAGUGGUCCAAUCUGCUGGCUAGUCCUCUUGAGGAAGACAGCUACAACCUCACCACCUCCAUCUGUCUCAUGCUGUUUGACGCUGUCCUGUACGGAAUAAUGACCUGGUACAUUGAGGCUGUGUUUCCUGGUCAGUAUGGAAUCCCCAGACCUUGGUAUUUUCCUUUUACGAGAACAUACUGGUGUGGAGAGAAGCAAAACAAGGACAUCGCCUCCAGCCUGUCCAAGAAGGGCAAUGCUGAUGCAGUGUGUAUUGAGGAGGAGCCAGGACAAAUUGAUCCAGGUGUUUACAUCGAGAACCUGAUCAAGGUCUACAGCCAUGGGAAGAAGCUGGCUGUGGACGGCCUGACACUGAAGUUCUAUGAGGGACAGAUCACCUCCUUUCUCGGACACAACGGGGCAGGGAAAACCACAACCAUGUCAAUCCUGACGGGAUUGUUCCCUCCCACCUCUGGUACAGCGUACAUCCUCGGCAAAGACAUUCGCACCGAGCUCAGCACCAUCAGACAGAACCUGGGGGUCUGUCCUCAGCACAACGUCCUCUUCAGCAUGCUGACUGUCGAGGAGCACAUCUGGUUUUACGCCCGUCUUAAGGGGCUUCCUAAGGAGCAGGUGGAGGCUGAGAUGGAUCAGAUCGUGAACGAUGUUGGACUGCCUCACAAACGAAAGUCUCGCUCCAACACCCUGUCAGGUGGGAUGCAGAGGAAGCUCUCAGUGGCUCUUGCUUUUGUUGGUGGCUCAAAGGUUGUGAUUUUGGAUGAACCUACAGCCGGGGUGGAUCCUUACGCACGUAGGGGCAUCUGGGACCUGCUGCUGAAAUACAGACAAGGUCGAACCAUUAUCCUGUCGACUCAUCACAUGGAUGAGGCUGACAUACUGGGCGAUCGUAUUGCCAUCAUUUCGCACGGCAAGCUGUGCUGCGUGGGCUCUUCACUCUUCCUGAAAACCCAAUUGGGAACAGGGUACUAUCUGACGCUGGUUAAAAGAGACUACGACCUGGCGCUACACUCCUGCAGGAACUCUGCCAGUACGGUGUGCUACAGCAAGAAGACGAGCGAGAAGGAGGACAGUGUGUCAGAGAGCAGUUCAGACGCUGGACUGGGCAGUGAACCAGAGAGUGAAACCACCACCAUUGAUGUGUCCCUCAUCUCUAAUAUCAUAUUCAAGCACGUCCCAGAGUCUCGCCUAGUGGAGGAUCUUGGCCACGAAAUUACCUACGUCCUACCCUACCAAUCUGCCAAGGAUGGGACCUUUGUGGAACUCUUCCACGAGCUCGAUGACCGACUAACGGAUCUGGGAAUAUCCAGCUAUGGGAUAUCUGACACCACCCUGGAGGAGAUCUUCUUGAAAGUUGCCGAGGACAGUGGAGUGGACACUGUCCAGCUGUCAGAUGGAGUCGUACCAACCAGGACUCGUCGUCGUCACGCUUUUGGAGACCACCAGAGCUGUCUGAAGCCCUUCACCGAAGAUGACUUUGAUUUCAAUGACUCUGAAGAAUCCCGUGAGACUGAUUGGCUCAGUGGAACAGAUGGCAAAGGCUCAUACCAGGUCAAAGGCUGGAGUCUAAAAAGACAGCAGUUUGUUGCACUACUCUGGAAACGAUUCCUUUAUGCUCGGCGUUCCCGGAAGGGAUUUCUUGCUCAGAUUGUUCUCCCUGCAGUGUUUGUCUGCAUCGCUCUGGUGUUCAGCUUGAUUGUUCCUCCGUUCGGAAAGUAUCCCAGUUUGGCUUUGGAUCCUGGCAUGUAUGGAGAGCAGUUCACCUUUAUCAGUAAUGACUUACCUGAGGAUUCACACACAUCUAAAUUACUGGGAGCUCUGACAGAAAAACCAGGUUUUGGAACACGUUGCAUGGACGGAGCCUCUAUUUUGAAUGCAUCUUGCAAUGCAGUAGGCGAGUGGUCACUGCCACAAGUCUCUCAGGGCCUGAAAGACAUAUUUGACAAAGGCAACUGGACAAUGGAGCAUCCAUCGCCCCUCUGUGAAUGCAGCUGUGAAGGCCGCAAGAGAAUGCUGCCAGAGUGUCCGGCUGGAGCUGGUGGACUUCCACCACCGCAGGUGAAAAUCAGUGACACAGACACACUUCAGAAUUUGACUGGCAGAAACAUCUCAGACUACCUGGUGAAAACAUAUGCCCAGAUUAUUGGCAAGAGCCUGAAGAACAAGAUCUGGGUCAAUGAGUUCAGAUACGGUGGAUUCUCACUGGGUGCCAGAGGUUCUCAGCUUUUGUCCCACAAAGAUGAAAUCGAUGUUGCAAUCGCACAUUUGAGGAAACGCUUCCAUCUGGAACGGGGAACUGCAGCAGAUCGUUUCUUCCACAGUCUCUCCAGUUUUAUCCAAGGAUUGGACACAAAUAAUAAUGUCAAGAUCUGGUUCAAUAACAAAGGCUGGCACAGCAUCGGCUCUUUUCUCAACGUGAUGAACAACGCCAUCCUCCGGGCAAGCCUUCCACCUGGCAAAAACCCAGCAAAGUUUGGCAUCACUGCCCACAAUCACCCCCUCAACCUUACAAAGGAGCAGUUAUCGCAGGUUGCACUGAUGACGACUUCAGUGGACGUUCUGGUGUCAAUUUGCGUGAUCUUUGCCAUGUCAUUUGUCCCGGCCAGUUUUGUGGUUUUCCUCAUUCAAGAGCGAGUGAACAAGGCAAAGCACAUGCAGUUCAUCAGUGGAGUUCAGCCCCUCCUGUACUGGCUGGCCAACUUUGUAUGGGACAUGUGCAACUACAUUGUUCCAGCCACUCUGGUUAUCAUCAUCUUUAUUUGUUUCCAACAAGACGCCUACGUGUCCUCCACUAAUCUGCCGGUGCUGGCCCUGCUGCUGCUGCUUUAUGGGUGGUCGAUCACACCCCUGAUGUACCCAGCAUCAUUCUUCUUUAAGAUCCCCAGCACAGCCUACGUAGUUUUAACCAGCGUCAACAUACUGAUAGGAAUCAAUGGCAGUGUCUCCACAUUUGUCCUGGAACUAUUCGGGAGUAACGAAAUUGGCGGCAUCAAUGACAUCCUGAAGAACGUGUUCCUUAUCUUUCCACACUUCUGUCUGGGCAGAGGACUGAUUGACAUGGUGAAGAAUCAGGCCAUGGCUGAUGCUCUAGAGAGGUUUGGCGAAAACCGUUUCCGUUCACCCCUGGCCUGGGACAUGGUGGGAAAAAACCUGUUUGCAAUGGCAAUAGAGGGCGUCAUCUUCUUCACUAUCACUGUGCUGAUUCAGUAUCACUUCUUCUUCAAAGCCAGAUCCUCUGCCAGUCAUCUGAAGCCCAUUGGAGAAGAGGAUGAAGACGUGGCCAGAGAGCGACAGAGGAUUUUAGGAGGAGGAGGACAGUCUGACAUCCUGGAGCUGAGAGAACUCACCAAGAUUUACAAGCGGAAACAGAAGCCGGCGGUGGAUCGGCUGUGUGUUGGGAUUCCCCCGGGAGAGUGUUUUGGUUUGCUGGGAGUCAACGGUGCCGGGAAAACCAGCACUUUUAAAAUGCUGACCGGAGACUCAGUGGUGACCAGUGGGGAGGCCUACCUGGCAGGCAAAAGUGUUAACACAGAGAUCAAUGAAGUGCACCAGAACAUGGGUUACUGUCCUCAGUUUGAUGCUAUUAAUGACUUACUGACUGGAAGAGAGCAUCUGGAGUUUUACGCCAUCCUGAGAGGAGUUCCAGAGAAAGAAGUGUGCGAGGUGGCAGAGUGGGGAAUCAGAAAGCUGGGCUUGGUAAAGUACGUGGACAAAGCUGCAGGAAGCUACAGUGGAGGAAACAUGAGGAAACUGUCCACUGCCAUCGCUCUCAUAGGAGGUCCACCUGUGGUCUUUCUGGACGAACCAACGACGGGCAUGGACCCUAAGGCGAGACGAGCCUUAUGGAACGCCAUCCUCAGCAUCAUCAAAGAGGGGCGAUCUGUAGUGUUGACCUCUCACAGUAUGGAAGAGUGUGAAGCUCUUUGUACCAGGAUGGCUAUCAUGGUGAAUGGCAGGUUCCGUUGCCUGGGCAGCGUGCAGCACCUCAAGAACAGGUUUGGAGAUGGUUACACCAUCAUUCUGCGAGUGGCAGGGCCAGACCCUGACCUUCGACCUGUGAUGGAGUUCAUUGAACGGGAGCUUCCAGGGAGCACGUUAAAGGAGAGACACCGUAACAUGCUGCAGUACCAGCUGGCCUCGUCUCUCACCUCUCUCGCCCGCAUCUUCUCCCUGCUGUCUGUCCACAAGGAGGCGCUCAGCAUAGAGGACUACUCCGUCUCCCAGACCACCUUGGACCAAGUGUUUGUAAAUUUCGCCAAGGACCAAAGUGACGAGGACAGUUUGAAAGAUGUCCAUCUGAAUAAACGGGAUGCAGUGGUGGUGGACUGUUCCCAGUUGAACUCCUUCCUCAUGGACAACAAGACCAGGGAAAGCUGCGUCUGAUUUUAUGACAUACCAACAUCAGUGGGUGUUGUCGUGCCUCCCCCGUCCUCCCCCCACUUCAAGAAGACAUGGACCACUAACCUGAGGGGAGAACAACGACUUUUUUUUCUUUUCUUUUUUUUAAUUCCUUUUUGUAGUCUUUUUCAAUUUUUAUCCGUGUUCCUGCGCUCCACCUCGAGCUGCCUUCUCAAAAACAGGCAGCGGCCGCAGGUUUGGAGACAGACACUGAAAACUCAAUGCAAGUCAAUGCAUAUAUUAUAUUAUAUAUAUUUAUAAUAAGAUGAUAUUCCAGUGGGGGUGGGAGACUGGUGCUUCUCCUUCACCGGUGGACAACGAACACUUGAAGACAGUGGAGUGAUACUGCUGUGUUAGUCUGGGGGGUUCAGUAGCCCAGCUACUAAUGUGAAGGACAAGACAUUUGAAAAAAGAGAAGCAGACGUCAGUACUGUGUGACGUCCCAUUCCAAGAUCUAGUCUGCUUCAGCCAGCAUGAACCGGUCUGUGCUACACUGAGAUGGAAAACAGGAGGUCGUUUGGAUAAGUUACUGCCAAUUAGAAAAGUCUCUCUGACUUUGUCCUCUAUUCAGGGUCAACCCACUUUCAAAACCUAUUUUCAUGAUUAGGCUUUUUGUUUUAUAAUGAACUACGUUUAUAAAAGUGUUUGCUAUCCUCUGGAAACUUGUUACAUUUGAAACUGUUCAUAUUGUUUGGAUACUUUAUUCAUAACAGAAGAUCCAGUUAUUUUAUUUUUUAUUUUUUGUCCUGACAUCUUUGACAUUGUCCCCCAUCGUGCCUGUAUUAUAUGAAAGGAGACGGACAAUGUCAGCACUCCAUUAACAGCAGUCCAUGAAAGAUGGUGAGGGAUGUACGAGACAGACAGCAACAUGGAUCAAAGCACAACUAUGAGCUUCUGACUGUGAUAACUGCUGAAGGCUCGAUCCGAUCCUCGGGAUCAAUAUCGGUCUGAUAUUGGUCAAAAUUUCAGGAUUGAGCAUUGAAAAAAUUAAAUCAUAAGUCAGCCGCUCUGAUACCUCAGUCUAAGUCCAGGAAACUGGAGGAAGAAAAAAGGGUUAGAAAUGACAUCGUUAUCGGCAGAUACUUCAAAUUGCAAUAUCGGAUGUGACAUUUGGUAUGGAGCCAAUCCAUACUUACUUCAGAUCAGUGUUUAAUACUGGUUUAUUUUUUCAAACCUACCAUUUUUUAUGGAUUUGAUUAAUGAGAACAAGGUGAAACCAGAUUUGGAAAGUAAAGGAUUCCCUGUAAAGUGCAUGCUACACUGGGCUACACAUCCCAACUAUUAGCACUUCUGUGUGUUUGCCUGAAGCCACCAGUCGGGUCAGCAUGUCCGGGACUGUGGAGGACUGAGGUUCGCGUAUAAGAACACCAGGCUUCAAUUCCAUGUGUGUUAUUUUAAUAUCUGUGCGAUUUUGAUCAAAUGAAGAUGAUGGAGAUGUUUCUGCCCAAACCUGUGGAUCAGUGGUAGAGGGGACGACUUCACCCCUCAAAAAUGUUUUUUUUGUAUCAUAUCUGAAAUCAAUGCCUGUUCCAUUUAUGUGUACGCGCACAUGUACGAGCACAGUGGAGGCGUGUCAGAGCUGAGCCAGCACCGCUGUGUGAUGUUGUACUGUCUAACGUUCCCAGUGGAGUGAAACAAAUGUAUCUGUGCCAAAUGAAGCUACAAAUGUAUCUCUGAUCAACCAGCAUAAUCCUGGGUAGGCAAACCAUUUCUAGGAAUGUGAUCGUCAACUGAAAAUGUACGUUAACUUUUAAUUCACUUUUUAUUCUCUGCGACAGGACACUUGCUCUUCAUCAGACUUAGAGUAGAAGCAGCUAUCUCAUCCUGAAGUGAUGUUGCCAAACUGUAGCCUUUAUGUCCAAUAACAUUAAGAGGCUCAUUACAUUAUCUCAGAUAAGGUUAAAGGUGCGUUUGUAUCCAGAGAUAGUCAGUAAAAGAGAGUACACAUGAACAGGGACCACGUCAUUUCAACAUGUGUGUUCAACUCUUUCACUGUUCAAAAACAGUUAUAAAUGUUCUUCUUUUUUUUUUUAAAUUAGCACUUUACAGGCACAAUUCACAGCCUUUUUUCCCCAGAUAUACUGAGGUUAUAGUUAAUAUUAUUUACUUUUAUCUGCACUACGACAGAGAGAGAUCUCCUAAUCGCGAUGUGAGGGGAAAAAAAAAUGUAAUGGUGGUAAUUCUUCUCUUCCUGUGCUCAAUAUUAUUGUUUGUUUACAUUUCUAAGUAUUGAAUAACUGUUUGUGUCUGUUAUUGUGAUAAGUUACUCUUUAAUAAAUAAGACAAAAAUCUGA